AUGGAGUUUAUUAAAGAGGAGAGUGAAGACGUGAAGAUUGAAGAAACAUUCAGAGUCAAACAUGAAGAUACUGAGGAACAAACAGACAUGAUGGGGCUGCAAGAGGAAAGUUUAGAACUGAAUGACAUACGAGAUAAAAAUCGGUAUGAGAAACAUGAUUUCAUAACUGGACAAAAAUCAUUUAGUUGUUCACACACUGAAAAAACUUCUUCACAAAAAAGAGCUCAAAACACUGGAUCUAGAGGUCAUUUCACCUGCCAAGAGUGUGGACAGAGUUUCGAUCAACAAGGAAACCUUAAAAUCCACAUGAGGAUUCACACUGGAGAGAGGCCUUACACCUGUGAACUGUGUGGAUAUAGUUUCAUUCAAAAAGGAAGCCUUACCAGGCACAUGAGGAUUCACACUGGAGAGAAGCCAUACACCUGCAAACUGUGUGGAAAUAGUUUCAUUCGAAAAGGAGACCUUAAAAGCCAUAUGAGAAUCCACAGUGGAGAGCACUCUUACACCUGCCCUCAAUGUGGAAGGAGUUUUACACACAGACAAACUCUUAAUGCCCACAUAAGAAUUCACACAGGAGAGAAGCCUUUUACCUGCCAACAGUGUGGAAAGAGUUUCUCUCAAUAUGGAAACCUUAAAGUCCACAAGAGGAUUCAUGAUGGAGAGAGGCCUUUCGUUUGUCAACAGUGUGGAAAAUGUUUCAUUGAACAUGGAACUCUUAAAGUCCACAUGAGGAUUCACACUGGAGAGAAGCCUUUCACCUGUCAACAGUGUGGAAAACGUUUUUCAGUAAAAGGAACCCUUAAAAGGCACAUGAGAAUUCACACUAGAGAGAAGACAUACACCUGCUAACCAGAGGUGUCAUGCCCAUUCAAACCGAGGGGGGCAAGUGCUCCCGCAGAUUUUUGAGCCAAGUGGAUUGAGCC